AUGGGCGUGAAGCCCCCUAACUUCUCAUGGGUGCUCCCAACUCGGUUGGCUGGGCUGGCGCUGCCGCGGCUUCCCGCCCACUACCAGUUCCUGUGGGACCAGGGUGUGCGGCACCUGGUGUCCCUGACCGAGCGCGGGCCUCCUCACAGUGACAGCUGCCCAGACCUUACAUUGCACCGAUUGCGCAUCCCAGACUUCUGCUCGCCGGCCCCUGACCAGAUCGACCGCUUCGUGAAGAUCGUGGACGAGGCCAACGCCCGGGGAGAGGCGGUGGCAGUUCACUGUGCCCUGGGCUUUGGCCGCACUGGCACCAUGCUGGCCUGUUACCUGGUGAAGGAGCACGGCCUGACUGCAGGAGACGCCAUCGCUGAAAUCCGGCGCCUACGACCUGGCUCCAUCGAGACCUAUGAACAGGAGAAAGCAGUCUUCCAGUUCUACCAGAGAACUAAAUGA